UUGUGAAAUAUAGAUUAAUAUGACCACAUUUUGGGUUUGGUACCAAUAGAGCCCAGUGGGGCUAAAAGGAGUAUGUAUAACAGAAAAGACCCCAGUAUGUUUUCAGGUAAUGCACAACCUAAUGCUGCUGAACAUAAAUGUACUGGACUGCAUGUUCCUCAGCUGACUGACCAUUCAUGCACAGAGAAAGAGAGAAAGAGAGGAGCGAGACGGAAAGAAAAAAUAGGGGAGUUGAUUGAGAAAGUAAUUAAAAUCUUGCAGAUCUAGAUAACAAAUUGAGAAAGUAGUUUGUAAAAGAACGAGUUUGCUAUUAGGAAAAAUGUCAAGGAGUGCAGUGUUAUAAAACUUACAUGCACUAAACUUUUUGUCUUGACCUUUUAUCAAAUGCAUGAGGAAAUGAAUGAAUUUCGCCCGCAUAUUGGAGUUACUUUUUCUGUUGACCUUUACAACAGGUAAGAUUUCAGAUCUAUUUUCUUUUUUUUGUACAUCAUAGCAUGCUUUGCUUUUAUAUUUGGAAAUAAGUGAACGGUUAAGACGAAUGAAGAAAACAUUAACUCUAAUCCUGUUCGAACCCAAAACAUUUUAAUUCUUUAAAGUUUUAAAAACGUAGUGUUUAUAAUUGAUAUGCACAUAUAUGUUUUGUACUGAACUCUACGCUGUAUUGGAUUUCCGCUCAGUGUGAAUGAAUGGGUAUUAAUUAUUUACUGGAACAUACCUGCAAGGACACAUGAUAUUGUAAUACCAAAGCUUCUUUGUAGUACACAGGCGAUACCCAUUAAUAAACAAACUCGACUAAACCAUAAACCAAAUAUAGGCAUUAGGGCUGCGUGUUAUGGGUGUACUGUGCAUAUAGAUGAAUACAUCAACCAUGAAGGCAUGUCUGAACAUACAUUAGGCAUCUUAAAGCACACGCUUUAAUUGCACGGUCAGAUAGGUCAGGAAAUGACGCGUGUUCAUAAUAACUUAUAGAAAAGAGAACGAAGAGAGUACGAGAUAAACAUGGUUGAUGCGGAGAUGAAUGAAUGGUUUGUUACUGAUUGAUGAGUUUAUAAACCAGAGAGGCUGAAUCAGCACAAUAUUCAAAUAAGGUUGAAGGGCUGAGUCAUUGGUCAACCUGCAGUUUGCUUGGAAAAUACUACAGGGUGGACUGCAAACUUAAAAGUUAAGAUUUGAAACGUAAUAAUAUAGUUUUAUAUCUUGGAUCAAACAUGUUAUAUUGACCUAUUUCCCUCUUUUCUCCAUUUGCAUGGAGUUAUGAGGUUUAGGAAUGUUUCGAAGAGGUCUCCAGUAUCAAGGAGUCAUGGAAGAAGUGGAUUAUGUGGUCAUAAGAUAAACAACAUCUGAGGACCAUGAAGAGCACAGCUUACCCCAUCUCCAGUGCAUCGGUGCAACUUGGCACCAAUGCAACAGAUGUUGCAAGCCAAACUGUGCCACACAGCUGCAGCAUCGACGAGUCGUACAAGUAUGUUAUAUUGCCUCUGUGCUACUCUCUGACCUUCUUACUCAGCAUCAUCCUAAACUCCACGGUUCUCCUGCGUUCCUACCGUUGUAGAGGUGGACGGCAGUGGAACACCUCUCUGAUAUACAUGGUCAACCUGGCGUCUACAGAUCUGAUGUACAGCUUCUCACUUCCAUUCCUCGUGGCAAGUUAUGUGAUGCGUGACCAUUGGGUUUUUGGAGACUUCAUGUGCAGACUGGUCCGUUUUCUGUUUUACUUCAACCUUUACUGCAGUAUCUUCUUCCUUACCUGUAUAUCCGUCCAUCGCUACAUGGGCAUCUGCCAUCCGAUCCGAAGCAUCACUCUGGAGAGCAAGCGGAUGGUUAGAGCCAUUUGUACUGCUGUGUGGGUAGUAGUGUUCAUACUUACGUGCCCCAUCGUCCGAUUUGCCAAAACCGGCGAUGUUACGAGGAGGUUGGUGGAUGGGGAGGAGUCUUUGUCAACAAAUAACUCAAAUGCAGGAAAACCGGAAGUAUACAGGAACUGUUGGGAUGAUGCCAUAGACAGUGAGUUUUCCGAAUACGUGCCUUAUGGAAUCGUACUGCACCUGCUCGGUUUCUUUUUCCCUUUUACUGUCAUCGCAUGGUGUUACUCGCAGGUGGUACGUACUAUUUUUCAGACUUUGCACUCACAGCCUCGCACGCAGGAGGAAGGGGGAAUGUGCAGUGGGGCCGAAGGAGUCAAAGACAGGACGUCCGUCUCCAUCUCCGGCUCCCAGAAUGCUCCGCACAUCAGCAGGCGGCGCAAGUCCAUCAAAACCAUCAUCACUAUCACGCUCCUGUUUGCGUUGUGCUUUCUGCCCUUUCAUAUUACACGCACGCUCUUCCUCGUCCUAAAGGAAACGAAGGCUGUCGAGUGCCGGACCAUGCAAAUGGUCUCCAUUUGCUACAAGAUUACUCGCCCCCUGGCGUCCUGCAAUUCGUGGCUCAAUGCCCUCCUUUAUUUCUUAACAGGAGACAAAAGCUUAGCCUGCUGCAGACAGACCAGCGCUGGUCAUAACACCCACCUGCUCUGGCCUUUAAAGAUUCUUGGAGGACAAAAAGAGGCAGAAGACCCAGAACAGCACAAUCAACAAAAAGCAGAUGAAGGGCAUGAGAGUGACUCAAAAUCCUCAGGAAUGGCAUAGAUGGACGGGAACGCAGGGAAGAAAGUGUAAAGGGGACCGUCCUAUUUUUAAUGCUCUG